GCCGUCCUCUGUGUCCUUAACGAUUUGGAGACAGGCGCGAAACCGAAGGCCGGCCUCUUUCAAUGCAAGACCUGAAGUUUACCGCGCUGGAUCCGGCCCCGAUAGGACGCCCAGCCGCUAUCGUUGCGCCAAAUUGGACUGAUAACUCCUCCCCUCAGCCCAGGAGAUUUCCAGAUUGGGGCAAUAAAGUGAGAUUCUUAACGUGGCCAAGCGAGCCGGUGCCUCCCGAGGGUCGACCACGGCAUCUCGACCUCACAUUCAAUGCCGAAUAUCACAGUGAUAACAUAAAAUACCGAAUUAGGAAUGGGAAGUGAGAAACUCUGUGAGACGUUUGAGUAACACGAUAUAAAUAUUAAAUCAUGCAUCACCACAACGAAGAUGAUGCCCUAUAGCACACCAGACACAACAUCGCGGAUCUUCAAAGCAUCAACAACCAUUCCUCAACCUCAAUUGACACACAGCCACCUUGGUCUCCCAGCAUCCAGUCAGCCUUGUCGGUUUAACAGCGCAAUGUCCAACCCACCGGGCCACACCAGCCGCGAUGGCUUCCAAUGGACACCAGAGACUGGACUCAAAGCUGGAGUCCCGUGUCUUGGAGUGAUACAGCCUCAGUCCACGGUCAAGUCAAAAGACACAGUCUACGACGUUGCAGUCAUCGGUGCAGGAUACACAGGUCUCACAGCCAUCCGGGACUUAACGACAACGGGCCACAGCACACUCCUGAUCGAGGCACGUGACAGAAUCGGCGGCCGGUCAUGGUCAUCAAACAUCAACGGGUACCCAUUCGAGAUGGGGGGCACAUGGGUGCACUGGACACAGCCAUUUAUCUGGCGCGAGCUCUUCCGGUACAACCUGCUCGACAAUCUGGAGGUGUCCAUGUCCAAGGCGGGCGGCAUCAACAAGUGCGCCGUGACCAUGUCCAAGGACAAGCCGACAAUCUUCAUGUCGCACGAGGAGGAAGACGUCAUCUCAGAGUCCGGCCUGAAGAAGCUGGUAAACGUGGACGGCGAGCUCGGCCGGACCGUGAUCCCCUGGCCGCACGACGCGCUCCGCAACAAGGAGGCCGUGGCCAUCUACGACAAGAUGUCGCUCAAGGACCGCAUCGACCAGAUCCAGGACGAGCUCAGCCCCCUGGAGCGGAACAUGCUCGAGGGGUUCCUCGCCAUCACGUGCGGUGGCAAGUGGGAGGACUCGUCCUUCUUCGAGAUGCUGAGGUGGUGGGCGCUCGCCAACUGGGACUACAGGGACUUCAUCGAGAUGGGCCUGACCUACAAGCUCAAGUGCGGGCAGAGCGCGCUGCAGCGGUGUCUGUUCGACGAGGCCCACGACACGGGGAGGCUGACCCACAGCUUCUCAACGCCCGUCGCGAGCGUGCACGACAAGGGCGACGUGGUCGAGGUGACGGGGCGGGACGGCACUGUUUUCAAGGCGAAGAGGCUCAUCUGCACCAUCCCGCUCAACGUCCUUCACUCCAUCCAGUUCACUCCCGCGCUGCUGCCACUGAAGACUCAGGCCAGCGUCGAGGGCCACGCCAACCACGUGGUCAAGUGCCACGUCGAGGUCGCCAAGCCUGAGCUGCGGUCGCUGGGCGCGUUCAACUACCCCCACGGAAAGCUAACCUACACAUUCGGCGACGGGACCACGCCGGCGGGGAACACCCACCUAGUCGCAUUUGGCAGCUCCCUGCCCGGCGUGCAUCUGCAAGCAGAAGAGGACAUCGGCGCAACUCUGGAGGCAUGGAAGCAGCUCCUUCCUGGCGCUGAGGAUAAGGAUCUGAAGAGGAUUGUGUUCCACAACUGGCACAACGAUGAGUUCGCUAGGGGUGCUUGGGAAUGGUUCAAGCCGAACCAGGUCAGUCGAUACCUCGAAGCACUUCGGGAAAAGCAAGGGAACGUGUGGUUCGGUAGUGCGGACUGGGCCAUGGGUUGGAGAGGAUUCCUCGAUGGUGGGAUAGAGGAUGGCCAAAGAGUUGCGAAGGAGGUCGCCGAUAACCUUAAGGCUUCCAGGUCACUUAGAGUGACCACGCGACUGUAAACACUUCUUCUUGGCCGAGUGCCUGAAGACUGAUAUCCCGGGAUGUUUCAAGUAAUUGUUAACUUUGUGUAUAUAACUUAUCAGCUGCUAGGUAGUCUAAAGGCCGAGA